CAUUAAGAAACUGCAAAAGGUCAAUCCCGCUUUGUACGAGGAAAUGCUAAACGAAACAAUAGACAGAGGAAUGCGAUUACUCUAUCGCCAAGAUGGUAUUGUCCCAGAACCUUAUGAACCUGAUUCAGCAGAUAAUAUUGCGAAGUUAACAGAUGAUGCUUACAGGGCUAAGAUAAAGGAAAAUGUCGAUAGGCGAUUGCGAAUCCGCCUACGCCAAUCAGGUAUUCCGAUAGCUGGAGAUAAUGAGGAGUUAAUUGCCGAAGAUAAUAAAAAAGAGAAUGAGUAUGUUGCCGCAAGGAAAGAAAAACUCCUUGCAUUAAAGUCAAAACCAAAAAGCAAGUUCAUUUCGUUAUCCCGGCUUCGUUUACACAAUAAGGAGUGA